CAUCCUUCCUGGCUCAAGCGCCGGGCUCCAUCUCCCGACAGAAGGCGCAGCUAUGAAUCCGUUAUUCGGCCCCAACCUCUUCCUCCUACAGCAGGAGCAGCAGGGCUUGGCCGGGCCUCUGGGGGGCGACCCCUUUCCCGGGGGCGGGGACUUGCCCCCGGCGCCGCUCGCGCCCGCCGGCCCCGCUGCUUUCUCGCCGCCCGGGCCCGGCCCCGCGCCCCCCGCCGCCAUGGCGCUGCGAAACGACCUGGGCUCCAACAUCAGCGUGCUCAAGACGCUGAACCUGCGCUUCCGCUGCUUCCUGGCCAAGGUGCACGAGCUGGAGCGCCGGAACCGGCUGCUGGAGAAGCAGCUGCAGCAGGCGCUGGAGGAGGGUAAGCAGGGCCGGCGGGGCUCUGCGCGCCGAGACCAGGCUGUGCAGACCGGCUUCGUCAGCCCGGUGCGGCCGCUGGGGCUGGCGCUGGGUGCGCGGCCGGCCGCCGUCUGCCCCCCGGCACGCUCCCCGGCCUGCCCCGCGCCGCCCUCCGCCGCCUCGGCCUCCUCCUUCUCGUCGUCGGGCCGCUUCAUGCCCGGCACCAUCUGGUCCUUCUCGCACUCCCGCCGGCUCGGGCCAGGACUGGAGCCCACGCUGGUGCAGGGGCCCGGCCUGUCGUGGGUGCACCCUGACGGGGUGGGCGUCCAGAUCGACACUAUCACUCCCGAGAUCCGCGCGCUCUACAACGUGCUGGCCAAAGUAAAGCGGGAGCGGGACGAGUACAAGCGGAGGUGGGAAGAGGAAUACACGGUGCGGAUCCAGCUGCAGGAGCGCGUGAACGAGCUCCAGGAGGAAGCCCAAGAGGCUGAUGCCUGCCAAGAGGAGCUGGCCAUGAAGGUGGAGCAGCUGAAAGCCGAGCUGGUGGUCUUCAAGGGGCUCAUGAGCAAUAACCUGUCAGAGCUGGACACCAAGAUCCAGGAGAAGGCCAUGAAGGUGGACAUGGACAUCUGCCGCCGCAUCGACAUCACUGCCAAGCUGUGUGACCUGGCUCAGCAGCGCAACUGUGAGGACAUGAUCCAGAUGUUCCAGAAGAAGCUGGUCCCAUCCAUGGGGGGGCGGAAGCGGGAGCGCAAGGCUGCUGUGGAGGAGGACACCUCGGUGUUGGUGUCGGAGAGUGAGGGGCCCUGCCAGCCCGAUGGGGAGGAGGAGGAGAGCACGGCCCUGAGCAUCAAUGAGGAGAUGCAGCGCAUGCUGAACCAUCUGAGGGAGUAUGAUUUUGAGGACGACUGUGACAGCCUGACUUGGGAGGAGACUGAGGAGACCCUGCUGCUGUGGGAGGAUUUCUCGGGCUAUGCCCUGGCGGCAGCAGAGGCCCAGGGAGAGCAGCAGGAAGACAGCCUGGAGAAGGUGAUCAAAGACACCGAGUCCCUGUUCAAAACCCGGGAGAAGGAGUAUCAGGAAACCAUCGACCAGAUAGAGCUGGAGCUGGCCACGGCCAAGAACGACAUGAACCGGCACCUGCACGAGUACAUGGAGAUGUGCAGCAUGAAGCGGGGCCUGGAUGUGCAGAUGGAGACCUGCCGCCGGCUCAUCACACAGUCCGGCGACCGAAAGUCUCCUGCUUUCACUUCGGUCCCGCCUAGUGACCCACCGCCGCCAAGCGAAACUGAGGACUCCGAUCGCGAUGUUGCAUCUGACAGCUCCAUGAGAUAAGGCCCAACCCCAGCGGGGCCUCCUGACACCUCACCCGCUGGCUGCCAUACCCUGCAAGGCUGGGGUCUCUGAAGGGACUGUCAGUCAUUUGUACCCAAGCUGGGCCUGGGCCUGGGGCUUCUCCCUCCCUCCCUUUCACCCUGAGGCCUCCCCAGGGUUACGAGGCUGGAGCUAGGCCUGGCCCACCCUUCCUGGGCCCUGGGCAGCUCCUGCUUGCGUGAGGGUCUGCUACUUCUGUCUCUAACGCGGCCACGCUGGUGGCCCCCGCCAUCCCCAUCGUGUGAUGAACAUGCCCUAGCUCCUGCCCACACCGGGAUCUAGAGCCCGCUGUCUGGUUUUGCUUUGGUGCAAAGUGGCCCAGGCACUGCUCCCUAAAGGCUCCUUCCUGGAGGGAGGGACGGACAGGCCAGAUGCCCACAGCCAACCCCCACCUGUGGCCCUUCGGUCUGGGAGGGACCUUACAGCCCAGAGUGAGUGCUCAGGGUGUUUCAGGUGUCAGCUGAAGUCAUAUCUCAGUCACCAGCCCCACAGGCUGUGCUGUCCUUGCGUGGACAAGCUUGGAGCUCCGUCUGCCUCAGCAUGCGUCAGUCUGGGAGGCUGUGGUGAACUGUCUGGAGUCUUUAAUAAUAAUCACCGUGGCGAGUACUGA